GACUUAGUUGCAUAUAAAUUGCAUAGACAAUUACGAUAAGAUUUAGUAUUGCGUUUAAAGUGAACAGUUACAGGCUGAUUUUAACUUUCCACUAUGAUGGCGCCCUUAAAGACAGCCAGAUCCUUCACUUCCCACUCUUUACGGGAGCCCGUAAAACUCUUGGCCACCCAAGAGAGUUUGUCUGAAAUCAAAACUCAAACCAUACCACAAUUUUUUCAUCAAAACUGUCAACAAUUCAAAGAUUGUCCAGCUUUGGCAUUCGAAGCAAGUCCUCAAGGAAACAAAACGUGGAACACUAUAACCUAUAAGGAAUAUGAGAUCAAUGUUGAACUUGCUGCAUUGGCUCUACUCUAUGUAGGAGUUGAACAAAGAACUUCAGUUUGUGUCUUGGCUUUCAAUUCGCCGGAAUGGUUUUACAUACAAUUCGGAGCGCUUUGCAUUAAUGCCAUUGCAGCUGGCAUUUAUACCACAAAUUCAGCAGAGGCUGUGUUGCAUGUACUGUCUUCCUCAAACGCUUCAGUGGUAGUGGUGGAUGAUAGUCAUCAAAUGGCAAAAGUUCGUGAAAUACGAUCACAUUUACCACACUUGCGAGCCGUUGUACAAUUGCAUGGGCCCUUUGAUUUUGAUGAAAAAGAACAGCAAGUGGGCUGUUAUCGUUGGCCGGAUUUGAUGAACUUGAAGUUUGGCAAGGAGCUAAGAGCUGAACUUCAGCUGCGUGAACGGAAUGUGGCGCCCAACGAGUGUGCAUUGCUGAUAUACACAUCUGGCACUGUGGGCAUGCCCAAGGGUGUUAUGCUCUCCCAUGACAACAUGCUAUUCGCCACCUAUACAGCAGAUAAGAUGCUGAACACUCUGAAACAGGGCCUAGAAUCAACGGUAUCAUAUUUGCCUUUAAGUCACAUAGGUCCACAAUUUUUCGAAAUAUUUUUGAGCAUAGGCAAGGGAGCCUUGGUGUAUUUUGCUGAUAAGAAUGCCCUGAAGGGAACCUUGGUGGAUGCUAUGGUAAAAGCCAAGCCUACUUGGUUUUUUGGAGUGCCCAGAGUAUUUGCAAAAAUUCAGGAGACAUUAAUGCAAUUGGAGUCAAAAUGCUCAGAAAUAGAGAAAGGUCUUAGAAAUACGGCCAGAUUGAUGAUGUUGCAACACUAUCUGGAUAAAAUGGCAGGCAAGCCAACUUCACCAGUGAAAUAUUGGUUGGCCGAGAAUAUAACAAACCGCAUGAAGCAAGACUUGGGCUUGGAUCACUUAAAAAUGUGUUUUGCUGCCAGUGCCCCCAUGCCCAAAGAUCUAAAACUUUUCUUUCUAAGCUUAAAUUUGCCCAUAUUAGAGGCCUAUGGCUUAUCCGAGACCUCGGCAGGAGUGUCCUAUAAUUUCGAUAUCUAUAAUCUAAGGACAUGUGGCAAAUCUAUAAGUGGAAUAGAGGUGAAACUGUAUAAUGCCAAUGCCAAAGGUGAAGGAGAGCUUCUAGUUAGAGGUCGCAAUGUCUUUAUGGGCUAUGUCAACGAAGCGGAGAAAACUGCUAAAGCCAUUACCCCAGAUGGAUGGUUUCUUACCGGUGACUUGGCUGCCAUAGAUGCCGAAGGCAAUAUUUACAUUAAAGGCCGUAUUAAGGAAAUAAUUAUAACUGAUGGUGGUGAAAACAUACCCCCAAUUCGCAUUGAAGAUUUGAUCAAGAAAGAGUUGCCAUGUAUCAGUAAUGUCAUGGUUGUUGGGGAUCAAAGGAAAUACUUGACAGUGCUGCUAACGUUUAAGAAAAUGUAG